AUGGCUAAGGAAGAACUCGCAAACAUAAGUAGCUAUCUCAGAGAUGUAGAUCUUCAAGGCGCACAUGACAAGUCCGUGAAGAGCUGGCUGCUGGAAGUUGCAGAGAUUGCAGAGAUUGCUUUGGAUGCAGAGGACAUACUGGAUGAAUGUGCUCUCCAAUCUCAAGGUACUACCAAUGAGAGUCGCCAAUCAUCUUGUGUCUAUGCUUUCAGCUAUUCUCAAUUAGUCUUUCGCUAUAAAAUGGCACAUCGAAUCAAGGACAUGAAAGAUAGAACAAGGUCCAUUCUGAAAGAAGAUGGAAAACAGCUGAAGUUUUUCCAGGAUCUGACUCGCUCAAACCAACCUUCCACGAGUACAUCACAAAAUGUAAAGUGGAGGGGGUCAAGUGUAAUAGAGAGCAGUUCACGACCAGUGGCUAUUGACUCCAAGGUUGAAGAAAUCCUCGGCCUGCUCGAUGCUCCUGUUGCUCCUGUCAUUGUCGUCGUUGGGAUGGGUGGCGUUGGGAAGACUUCCUACUGCAAAAUGUUUUUGACAGAGAAAAGGGCAGUUGCAAGCUGCUUUGGCCCUUUGAAGGAGGUCGUUGAGGGAAGGGUAGAUGAAGUGCAGGCAGCAGAAUUGAUUCAUGAGCGUUUAGCAAGCAAAAGCUCUCUCAUUGAGUUGGAUGAUUUGUGGAGUGCAACGGAGGAAGAUAACUUGAUAUCUGCACUUGGCCUUCCAACUGGGCAUAAUAGCCAAUGCAAAAUUUUGGUUACAACACGAAGCAGAGAUGUGUGCAGUAGCAUGAGCGCCCGUGUUUGGGAGCUCUUUUGCUCGUUUGCCUUCCCCGACUGCCAGCAAAAUCAACCGCCACAUCAACUUGAAGCGAUUGCCUAUCAAAUUGAAGGGGAAUGUUGA